AUGGAUGAGGAAAUCUUAUCCAUUUCAAUCAGCAGCUACGUUUAUGCCAUCCUUAAGAGAAGAGAGAACUACCUAUGCAGUCUGCUUCAAAAGAAGUUUGGUUGUAUAACUAUCCUUAAAGGUGUAAGGAACCCCACUGAAGUGUAUAGAAAAAACUUGAAAGAAGGAGUUGCAGUUUCAGUCUUGUUAGAUGACCUGGCCAGGCAUGAAGCUGAUGCUUUGGUGAAUGCAGCCAAUGAAAACCUGCAUCAUUUUGGAGGCCUUGCAUUUACCCUCCUGAAAGCUGGAGGACCAGAAAUUGAAGAGCAGUGCAAGCGUUUCAUUGAAAAGAACGGACGCCUCUGCGCUGGCCAAAUUGCAGUCACUAGUGGGGGAAGACUCCCUUGCAAGCAAGUAAUCCAUAUAGUAGGUCCAAGGUGGUCUGAAGACCAGAGGGAGGAAUGUUGCCUCAGACUUGAAACAGCUAUUAUAAAUAUUCUGAAAUACGUUAAUGCACCAGAAAACAAUAUCAAGUCUGUAGCCAUGCCUGCACUGAGCUCAGGAUUCUUCAACUUCCCAUUGGACUUAUGUGCUCAAGUGGUUGUCCGGACUAUAAAGAAUUUUAUUCAGCUAGCCCCAUUAUUUGGCUACUUGCAAGAAAUCCACCUUGUGAGCACUGAUGAGUCCACGGUUGAAGUAAUGAAAAAGGCUUGUGAAGAGCUGCUUGGUGUUAAUGAUAUAGCGCCUUUGAGAGGAGCAUCAGAUUCCAUCACAGUGAACAAUCUCUGCCUACAAAUCAAAAAAGGGAAUAUAGAAAAUCAGCAAACUGCCAUUAUUAUCAACUCUGUGAUUGUGCAAGAUGAUCUUUCACAAGGAACCAUUUCAAGAGCAAUCCUGGAAAAAGCAGGCUCACCUAUGCAGGAACAAUUCCUUUCUGAAUUACAGAAACAUCCGGCGGAAUACCCCAAACUUAUAUGCACCAAAGGAUACAACAUUGCCUGUGACUUUGUGCUCCAUAUGAUAUGGCCCUCUCAAAAUGAGCGCAACACACAGCAGGCACUAAAAGCCGCAGUUUCUAAAAGCCUUCUCAAGACUCAGGAGCAGCAGUUUCCCUCCAUUUCUUUCCCUCCCUUUGGAAUGGAAGAUUUACAUUUGCCGAAGGAUGAAGUGGCAGAUAUUAUGGUGGAGCAAAUCAUACAUUUUGCACAGGAACAUUCUGGGGAAAAGCCAGCUGUAUAUAUUGUGAUUCCUCAUGAUGAUGAUGAUGCUUAUAAGGCUUUCUGUACCAAGGUUAUGUCGAUCACAAACUCACUCGAUGAAAGAAUGGACUGUAGCAAUAUGGAUGCUAUGGAGAUACAGACUGACAUACAAGCCGGUGCAAGUUCUGAGAAAAAUGGGCCAUUUGUAGAACUCAUUGGACGCAGUCGUGAAGCUCUGGAAGAAGCAGGAUUGUGGCUCAAAAACAUAAUACAGGUUGAAGACACACACCAAAUUGUUAUAAGAAAUUACAGCCAUCUAAACCUUGGCCAAAGUCAGCCUGUUGAACUGUCCCAUCUGCAACAACAUUUUGGUAUCACUAUAUUGGAGAGUUUGACUAAACAGGGGUCAGCAUUAGAGAUUGAAGGUUCCCCCCAAGCUGUGAUUGAUGCAACAUUUGCAAUCGAAUUCAUGCUACAGAAUGCAGCUGACCAAGAAUGCCUGAAGGGAGAUGGCCAUUUGGGAAAUGAUCCCCGACAAGAAGACUGCACAGAGAUGACGAGCAAAUACUGUUACCAAGUCACUCCAAUAGAGUCCUACCUUCAAGAAUUCAAAGACAAAGAAAAACAGCUUGAAAAAGCUGGUCUCCGUGUUCUCAAGAUAGAGAAAAUAUAUAAUCCUGUCUUAGAAUCUACUUUCCAAAGGAUUAAAAGAAAAAUAGAAGGAAAGAAUAGUGGAAGGCCAGUAACCCAUAGGCUAUAUCAUCGUGUCCCAGCUCAAUAUUGCAGUCUGGUAUGCAAAACUGGAUUUCAGACAACCUACAGUUCUUCACAAGACCAGAAGUAUGGCUCUGGCAUCUACUUUAACAAGAAUCCCAGGAACCUUGUGGCAGAUACCAGGGAAAAGUGUGAAAUGGACCACCUGAUCUGUGCAUUUGAGGCAGAAGUUGUAACAGGCUUAUAUACUAGGGGCAAUCGGAGCUACGUGGUACCACCAUUAAUUAAUGCAAGUGGAAUGAAACUCUAUGAUAGUGUAGUUGACGAUAUUCACAACCCUGAAACCUUUGUCAUUUUUAAUAGGGAGCAGGCUCUACCCCUGUAUUUGUUGACUUGUUCCUUGAUUUGGAAUCCAGGAGAGAAGACAAAUUUGCAGUCAUCAGCCCAGAAAAUAUGA